AAUUGUUUUCUUGAAAAGAAAAGCAAUCUUGAGACGUGUUCUUGGCAAUUGUUUUCCGAGAAUACACCCGGGGGAGGCCCCGAUUUCUUGUUCUUAUGGGGCAUUUGGGCGGCAUAUCGAGGUUAUUGAGUUGUAUUCUUGAGACGUGUUCUUCGCAAUUGUCACCGGAGAACACGUCCGAAUAAGAUCCCGAUUUCUUGUCAUUAUGGACCAUUUGAGCGGCAUAUCGAGGAUAUUGAGAUGUGUUAUUGAGACAUGUUCUUGUCAGAAUAAGAUCCCGAUUUGUUGUUUUUAUGGGCCAUUUGGGCGGCAUAUUAAGGUCAUGGAGACAUAUUCUUGAGAUUUGUAACGGGCAAUUGUUUCCCGAGGACACAUCCGAUUAUGGAUGAAAGAGGAGGUGCUGAAGAAGACAUUCACUACCAGAUCGAGCAAAUUAAACAUGAACGCGAUGAACUGAGGAAGGAUAUUGAGCAGUUGUGCAUGCAACAAGCUGGCCCUAGUUAUCUUGCAGUGGCAACCCGAAUGCAUUUUCAGAGGACAGCUGGUUUGGAACAGGAAAUUGAGACCCUGAAAAAAAGGUUAGCUGGAUGCAUCAGAGAGAAGCAGAAUCUUCAAGAGGAGCUUUCUGAAGCUUAUCACGUUAAGAGCCAGCUCGCAGAUUUACAUGCUGCAGAAGUUUUGAAGAAUAAGGAAGCAGAGAAACAGGUGAAGUUCUUUCAGGGUUGUGUCGCAGCUGCAUUUGCUGAACGAGAUAAUUCCCUAAUGGAGUCUGAGAAGGCUAAAGAACAUGAAGAAGCUAUGUCACAGAAAUUAAUCCCUUUAGAGAAGAAGGUAGAGGAACUUGAAUCUGCAUAUUUUAAUGAAAAGAAAGUUAGUACAUCCGUACAAAUGGAAUUGGAUGAACUGAAAAAGCAAAGUGAAUAUUGUGAGAAGGUUGUAAAUAAAUUUUAUGAGAUCCGUGAGAGAGAGAAUGGGCUUUUUGCAGAUAUGACAUUGCAAGACAAGUGUUCUUGCCUGCUAGAUGAUCCUCCAGACAAUUGGAUUUUCAGCAGUGACAAGGAAACAUCCACUUCAAAAUACAUUGCUUCUCUAGAAGAGGAGAAAGAGGCAUUGAGACAGUCAAUUAGCAAGCUUCAAAACAAUUUGCAAAUGGGACUCAAAAUUGAACAGCAUCUGAGAAAAAAAAUGCAGUGCUCGGAGAAAAGACAAACUGUAUUGGAUUCUUUGGUGAGGAAAGGGCUAUCUGCUUUGCGCAGUUAUCACAAUCAACAGAGAUUGGAAAUCAUAAAAGAGUUGGAUCAAGAAGCAUCUUGGAUGGACUCAAUGCUUGUUGAGGUUCAGAAGCAGUUGACUGAAAUUCAAAAUAAUGAGUCAAGUGUUGCGACUCCUCAGAGAGAAAAGCAAUGUGAUGAUACUGAAUGCAGAGAUGUGCAUGUCAUGAAUGAUGCGAACUCUAGUUUCAUGGACAAGAUGAGUGAUAUUCCUUCAAGUAAUGUUGUUCACGGCACAAGUGACGCACCAGAUGCCCUUGCACAAGCAUUGCAAGAGAAGGUUGCAGCACUGCUGCUUUUAUCACAGCAAGAAGAGAGACAUCUGUUGGAGGGGGAUCUUAAUAAAGCUUUGGAGAAGAAGCUAGAAGAGCUUCAAAGGAACUUAUCUCAAGUUACAAAUGAAAAGGUCAAAGCUCUUAUGGAAUUGGCUGAACUAAAGAGAGAUUAUCAACUAUUGAACGAGAACAGACUUCAUAGUAUAAAACAUGGCAGUCAUAUGGUCGAUCCUGGCAAAAGUACUACCAUCCGAGAACAAGAAGGGAAACUGAAGAAUAUAUUGAAAAGAACAUACUUGAGACAUUGGAUGGUACGUGAUCAGAGCCAACAGGAAACUAACUUUCUUAAAAUCACUGAAGAAAACAGUCCAAUCAUUAAGACAGACUCUUCCAUCGAUAUUGCAAGGCUAAAAGUCGAGAAUGCAGCACUUCGGGAAAGCAUAGCAAAUUUGGAACAUCUUACUUCCUCAAUUCAUAGGCUUCAUAUUCUGCUUUUAAAGGUUCAAGAUGAAGCUUCAUCUGUUGGCACCGAAGAAGGUACAACCCGAGCGGUGAGCAACAUUGUGAUGGAGGCAAACCAAGUGAAGACUGCCCUUGGCGGCUCGCUCCCCGUCAGCUGGUCUGGCGAUGAAGCUGAUGCCAUCAUCUACACGAGUCUUCACGAGCCUUCUGACCCCUCGGAGGCAUCCAAACCCGCGAAACCCGAUGCUGUUUCUGCUGCAGGACUAGAGAUGGUGGAUCUCCUGAUACUAGCUGCCCAGCUUCAGCAGGAGAGCUUGGGAGAGAGGUGCGUGGAUCCACACAACACAACUAGUGGUUGAAAGUGUUUCUUUCACCUUCUCUUGGGGUAUGAAAUGUGAAUGCACUAUUAGUAUGGAGAUCUUAUACGUUGAAUGUGUGUGUACAUAUCAUUUAGGAAUCAUUAGUUGACAUGAAGGUGCUUUAUUCUUAUACCAAAUGAAAAUUAAAUCGGUUUCUUAACGCAGGUUUGAUCCUC